AUGUCCCUCACACCAGCGAGCUCGCUCGAGCUUCCCGUGGCUCCCGUGGCCGGCCCACAAACGCCUGGCUUCAGUGCUUUGCCGCAAUACGGCUUCGCGUCUGAUCUCGACUUCACAUCACUAGUCCUGCAGAACCAGUUUCUAUUCCGUGUCUAUGCUCCCAAGCCUCUAUCGCCGUACUUCGACAGUACCGAGCCGUUCUUUAUCGCCCCUCGAUUCAAGAACAGCCCAGAUUGUUCCCUCGAUGACUUGGAUCCCCCGAAAGAUGGUCCGAUAGCGACAUAUGCCGAUGUCGUUCAGCACAUGGACCCGCGACACAAGCAAUCGUCACCCUACGUCUCGGCGUCAUUCAGCUUCGCGUGGGCCAUCUGGGAGGCAACCCGGCGACACAAUCGGAAUCCGCAUGUAGAGCUGGAGAUCGCGGUGAUCGACGCGCGUGCGCUUGUGAAGCGCUCUGUCACGACAAUAGAGAUUUUGCGUACGGGUACCAAUAAGGAGCGCUAUCCUAGUCAUUGGGAAUGGUAUCGCCUCGCAAGCGAGUCGCAGGACGCCUUAAUUUAUGGACAUGUUCCAGCAUCGGCUGUCUUCUCCUCAAUCCCUAUCAUGUCCGUCCUCCCGAAGCUGCCAUCUUAUUUCGUAUCGUCGGGGUCGCCCAGCGAUGACAAGCACUUCAAUUCGCUGGCAUGGGACUUUUCGGCACCUCGGGCCGACUUCCAGCAAUUUUGCCAGCAGAUGUCCGACCAGUUCCUGCGCUCGCCGAGCGAGCUACGACUUCGUGACACGACUGCAGGCGCUGUGCACCUAGCGAUGGGCUUUCUGCGCCCAUGGAUGCAACGGCAUGCGCUGAAGGAGUUCCACGACGCUGUGCGUCUCGUCGCCGAGCUUGCAUACCUCAUCGCGCGUUGGCCGGGCCAAUGGUGGGUGCGCGAACACCCGGAGAUCUGGGACCUCAUCCAGGCGAUGGUCCAUGUCAUUGGGGAGGAGGUGCGGGAUGCGCAGCGAGUUAACGCGCUCAACGAGGUCAAGCGACUCGAGGGUGUUGUCAGCGAACUCCAGCUGCUCACGGAGGAGUACGUGUACGUUCACACGCGGCCAAAUUCCGCUGCUUCCUCUUCGGACGAAAUAGACGACUCCGACGACGAGCACGCGGGAGACAAGUCGACACACUCCGUCCAGACGUCGCCUAUAACGCCUAUAACGAUGUCCGUGCCCAGCCUUCUGCGACACAAUCGCGGUCGACCCGGCGAGCCCUCGAAGAUCGAGGCCGUGUCUUGUUUGCUGUCGAGCUUUUUCUUCGGCGUCUUCGCUGCGCUCGUCGUUGUUAGCGGACAACAGCGCGAGUUCUCCGUCGAGUUUACGUGA